AUGACGACCAGUCCGCCCAAUUUUCAAGUAUGGCAUCCCUCUCGGGGCAUCUCGUUCUCGCCAGGACCCAGCCGGUCGCCGACCCCCGUACGCCAAAGCCGGCCAGUAAGCUACUCGGCACCGAUGCUCGCGGACUCGAACAAUGCGCUACUCUCAACCUUAGACACAGAAGCGCAGGCGCAAGUGUCGGAACAAGAUGUUGUGCAGCUCGGAAUCCCCAUGGAACUCGAGGAUACUUCUGCUCUAUACCCUGAGCUCCCGAAGAUACCAAUUGCGCAAGGAACCGACGCCAAAGCCGAUGAUGCGCCUGCCAAUACGCCCGUUGACCCAGAUGUAGCGAAGAAAGCAAAAGACGAAACAGAGACAGAAACCGUGAUUAAAAAGCCCUUGGACCUUCCAUUUCCUGCUUUAGACUUCAAAAUGUCGGAGGACUUAUUUCGUGCCGCGCAAAAGUCUGCCCCGGGGAGUCCUGGCUCCUUCUGGGGAUACUCGCUGUAUCGUGGGCCUGAUGCGACGGGCAAUAUUCGAAAACCUACAGUACACUAUUGUAGGAGUAAGCACACGGCCGAGCGGGUUUGUCAGCAGUAUUUUAAAGAUGAGAAAGUGCUCGGGUUUGACCUCGAAUGGGUCGCCGAGGCAUCCAAGUCUUCGGGGCCCAGACGCAAUGUUUCACUUAUCCAGGUGGCCAGUCCGAGUCGCAUUGCUCUUUUUCACGUGGCCUUGUUCUCCAAAAUCGAUGAUCUGGUUCCGCCGACUUUCAAAAAAAUCAUGGAAGACCCCGAAAUCACCAAAGUUGGUGUCUGGAUCAAGGGCGAUGCCACCAGGUUGAGGACGCACCUAGGCAUUGAUUCAAAGGGCCUCAUGGAAUUGAGCCAUCUAUACAGGCUUGUCACCUAUUCUAGGACUGGAGAGUUUCGGAACAUCAAUAAGCGAUUGAUUCCAUUGGCAACGCAGGUUGAACAGUAUCUGCAUUUGCCCAUGUUCAAAGGUCAGGACGUGCGGUCAAGUGACUGGGCCAAGCAGCUUAGUAUGGAACAAGUCAUCUAUUCCGCAUCGGAUGCCUAUGCCGGGGUUCACUUGUAUGCGACACUGGAACACCAUAGAAAACAGCUUGUCCCAUGUCCACCCACUCCACACCACGCUGAACUGAACCUUCCCAUUCGUCUCUCUGAUGGCUUAGACCUAGAGACGGACACUGAAGAAGAAAACUCCGAGACACCUCCUGACGAGACGGCAGAAAUUUCUACUGUCCUCAGUCCGGCUGCCCGAAAGCGGGCCUUGAAAGCCCAUUUGCGGUCCUGUAGGGCAGCUGUAGAUCAAGUGGCGAAAGCGUUGCGGGAGACGGAGAAAUUACUGGAUGCUGUUAUUGCUAGGGAUGUCCGCGUCGAGGCUGCAGAAACUUGGGCUACAGCAUUCAUUACCGAGAAUUACGCCUCGGACCCAGCCGAGCCCGACUCGACCAACAAAGCUCGCGCCGAAGGACACGCCAAGUUUAUUGAGCUGAGGGCGUAUCACUUGUGGCACACCAACAAAGAUUUGAGUACGGGUGAUGUCGCUGCGCUUCUGCGCAGUCCACCUCUAAAAACCACGACAGUAGCGGAUUAUAUAUUCAAUGCCGUCAAGCUGGAAAAUCUCCCGGUAAAUGAUUCGAGGUAUAGCAAAGAAGUCAUUGAGACGAAACCCGGGAGGUGGCAAAAGUAUCGGCGAAGUCUUGCUUAG